AAAUUAGAAAAGAUCCUUGAUCCUGACAGCUUCUACAAGCUCAAAAGCCAACCCCUACCCCUACGCUCCAGGCCACACCAACCACCCCAGCUACAUUCACUACAUCGUCUUCUGCAGGGGGCUCCAGGACCCCUGCCAUGAUGUCAUCUUCUUCACACCGGGCCUUGCUGCAGGAGAGGCCUGAGCGUCGCGAACAGAGUGCAGCUGCUUCCUUCCCCAGUCCUGCUCCUGCCUCGCCUGCCAUCUCUGUGGUUGGUGUCUCUGCUGGGGGCCACACGAUGGGCCGGCCACUCCCUGCUCAGGUGCCCAGGGAGGUGCUCAAGGUACAGACCCCCCUGGAGAACCCAACGCGCUACCACCUGCAGCAGGUGAGUCGGCAGCAGGUGAAACAGUACCUGUCCACUACACUUGGGCCCAGGCUGGCUUCCCAGGCUCUCACCCCACCACCAGGGCCCACCAGUGCCCAGCCGCUGCCUGCCCUUGAGGCUGCUCACGCCACUGGUCCCACAGGCCGCACUCCCAGCAGCCCCACAGCACUGCUCACCACCAGGUCCAGCUCAGAGCAGGAGAUUGAUGACGACAUUGAUGAGAUCAUCAGCCUGGAGUCCAGUUCCAGUGAUGAGAUGCUCAGCUACCUGCCCGGAGGCACCGCAGGGCUGCAGCUCCCCAGCUCGCUGCCUGCCUCAGGGAAUCUGCUUGACUUGUACAGUAAUCAGGGUGUGGCCACGCCAGCCAUCACUGUCAGCAACUCCUGUCCAGCUGAGCUGCCUAACAUCAAACGGGAGAUCUCUGGAACCAAGGCAAAGGCCCUGUUGAAGGAACGCCAGAAGAAAGACAAUCACAACCGACGCAGGCGAUUCAACAUUGACUAUAGGAUCAAGGAGUUGGGCACCCUCAUUCCCAAGUCCAAUGAUCCAGAGAUGUGCUGGAACAAGGGCACCAUCCUGGAUGCCUCUGUGGAUUAUAUCCGCAAGUUGCAGAAGGAACAACAGCGCUCCAAAGAUCUGGAAAGUCAUCUUCGGUCCCUGGAGCAAGCCAAUGGCAUCCUGCAGCUUCGAAUUCAGGAGCUAGAACUGCAGGCCCAGAUCCAUGGUUUGCCAGUGCCUCCCACCCCAGGGCUGCUCUCCCUAACCACGACUUCAGCCUCUGACAGCCUCAAGCCAGAGCAGCUGGACAUUGAGGAGGAGGGCAGGUCAGGCACAGCAGCAUUUCAUGUAGCAGGGGGACCUGCCCAGAAUGCUCCCCAUCAGCAGCCCCCAGAACCACCUUCAGAUGCUCUUCUGGACCUGCAUUUUCCCAGUGAUCACCUGGGGGACCUGGGAGACCCCUUCCACCUGGAGCUGGAGGACAUUCUGAUGGAGGAGGAGGAGGUGGUGGGAGGACUGUGUGGGAGGGGUAUCCUGUCUCCACUGCGGGCUGCCUCUGACCCCCUGCUUUCUUCAGUAUCCCCGGCUGUCUCAAAGGCCAGCAGCCAGGGCAGCAGCUUCAGCAAGGAGGAAGAGUCCUGA